GGUGAUGAUUUCGAGCACUAUCCUAAGGAACUUAAUGUUCUUAUUGAUAAAUCCAUGUUGUUUAAAGUGAAUGUGAAAAAAAAUAAUUUGGACUCAUACAGUGAGCCUAGGUAUCAGAUUUCUAAAGUAUGUAUAAGCGAAUCUGUAAUCACAUCCUUCCUUAAGACUGUUGUGGAUAAGAAUGAUGAAGGAUUAUUUGACAAGGCUUGCGACAGUGUCGUUGCAUCAGCAGAACCGGAAAGAGCUACGGAUGUGGAAAGUCAGACGUGUGAUAGUGCAGACGUUGGUGAUAUUUCGCUAUCAAUGCUGACGCCGUUAAUGAAUCCGUAUGAUCCCCUUCAAGACGAUUUUAAUUCAUCAGUUGUCUGUCCUCCUAAGAAGAUUAAGCUAGAGAAAGAGUUGAAUGCUUUGCUUACAGAGGAUUUUAUAAAAAACAUAACCCUGGCAGAAAUCGAUAAGGUGUUGCAAAGCAACGGUAAAUGCCUUUCUGAUUACCCAUCCAUGCCGAGCAUCUUGGGUGAAUCUUUAUUGGAUAUGCAGAAUAGAUUGGUGAUGGAUAAAUUGUUGUAUGACAGUUUCUCUUUGAAAGAAGAGCAUGACAGACUACUGAAUUCACUCACUGACGAGCAAAGGGUUGUUUAUGACAAAAUAAUUUCAGUUGUUUCGGCAGGUAAAGGAGGAUUUUUUUUCCUGUACAGCUUUGGUAGGACUGGAAAAACAUUUAUUUGGAACACCCUAGUUGUUGUCAAAAACAAAGUUAUCAUUUGGGAUGAAGCACCGAUGGUACACAAAUUUUGCUUUGAGGCUCUUGAUAGAACACUUAGAGAUGUUCUUAGCUGUGUUGAUAUGCCCUUUGGUGGAAAAGUUGUCGUUCUAGGAGGUGACUUUCGGCAAAUAUUACCUGACAUUCCAAAUGGCAGUAGACAAGAUAUAGUUCAUGCAACCAUCAAUUCUUCCUAUCUAUGGUCCCAUUAUCAUCUGUUAUCUUUGACCAAGAACAUGUGUCUCAAUUCUGGAAGUAGCACUAAUAAUUUGUUGGAAAUAAAAGAAUUUUCUGAGUGGCUGCUUAAAAUAGGAGAUGGUGAUCUUGGAGAUGAUGUUGAUGGAGAAUCUAUUAUAACAAUUCCAGAUGAAUUGUUGAUCAAAGGUUCAGAAGACCCAAUUUCAGAUAUUGUUGAUUUUGUUUACCCGAAUUUGAUGGAUAAUAUAUUAGAUCCUACUUUCUUUAAAGAACGUGCUCUUCUGACUCCUAAAUUGUCCGAUGUUGCCAUGUUAAACGAGCACCUAAUGGCUGUGAUUCCGGGUGAAGAAAGGACAUUAUUGAGUUCAGAUAAGGUUUUGAAACAAGACGGUAAUUCAUCUCUUGAGGAUGACGAAAUCUCCCCUGAUAUCUUAAAUACAUUCUCAUGUUCGGGGAUUCCUGAUCAUAAAUUAACUUUGAAGGUUAAAGUAUCGGUGAUGCUAUUGAGAAAUAUUGAUCAAUCAAGAGGUUUAUGCAACGGUACGAGAUUACUUAUUACAAAGUUGGGGAAUCAUGUUGUUGAGGCAAUUGUUCUUACAAGAAACAAUAUAGGAGAUACUGUGUUAAUCCCUAGAAUGACGAUCAGCCCAUCGGGUCAUACAUUUCCAGUAAACUUUCAAAGAAGACAAUUCCCCUUGGUAGUUUCGUUUGCGAUGACUAUCAACAAAAGUCAAGGACAGUCGCUGUCUCAUGUUGGCAUUUAUCUUCCUAGGUCUGUCUUCACUCAUGGGCAAUUAUAUGUGGCACUAUCUAGAGUAAAGAGCAGACAUGGAUUGAAGAUGCUGAUACUUGAUGAAAAUGGUUGCGUUACAAAUACUACCUUUAACAUCGUCUACAAGGAAAUUCAGUAUUCGAGGCACAAUCAGUAUAUUAUUCCCUUGUCAUUUUUCAGAGUCAAAGGUUUUUCAUUGUAA